AUGUUGGCGAAACGCAGGCCAACAGAUAACGGAUCAGCCAGCAGCAACAUUAUUUCCCCUAAACCCACAGAAAUAUCAGAGCGCAGCGAGGCAUUGGCUGCUCCCCAGGGCUUUCUGACGCGGAUCUGGCGCACAGCAGCGGUGGCAGCGGACGGCAGCUGGGAGCUGCUGCUGACAGUUGUGCGGUCAGGGCAGAUCCUCCUCUACUUUCUGCCACUGCUGGCGACCUACCCUGCAGUCUACCUGGGGCGGUGGCAGGCCGACCGAGGGGCAAGAUCUGGUGCCCUAUGGUGGUACGCGUUUCUGCGCGCGCAGCUGUCGCGCGGCGGCCCAACCUUCGUUAAACUGGCGCAGUGGGCGGCCAGCCGCACCGACCUGUUCAGCGCCGCACUCUGCCUGGAGCUCGGCCGCCUGCAUGACAACAACCGCGCGCACGCCGCAGAGUACUCCCGCCGCACAGUCGCACAUGCCCUGGGCGUUGCAGAUGUGCGCGUGGUGUUUGACCAGUGGGAGGACCGGCCGCUGGGCGUCGGCGCUGUCGCGCAGGUGCAUUAUGCGCGAUUGCGGCCAGAGUUCGCACAGGGGAUAGCUAGUGGCGAUGUUGCCGUGAAGGUGCUGCACCCGGGCGUCCAGCGGCUGAUCGCGCGCGAUCUGCGGAUCAUGCGGUGGGGUGCGCGGCUGCUCGGGUACCUGCCCGGCAUGCGCUGGCUCAGCUUGCCCGAGGAGGUGGCAGUCUUCGGCGCCAUGAUGCAAGCGCAGGUGGAUCUGCGCACGGAAGCCCAUAACCUACAACGCUUUGUGCGGAAUUUUGCGCACCGACCCGGCGUAACGUUCCCCCGGGCAUACCCAGACCUGAGCUCCGCGCAGGUGCUUGUGGAGUCGCAUUUCGAUGGCAUCCCACUGCGCGCGUUUCUGGACUCCCCGGGCCACUCGAUGUUUGACCGCCGGCUGGGCGCCCGCGGGCUGGACGCGUUCCUGCAUAUGCUGAUCUACGAUAACUUUGUUCACGCCGACCUUCACCCUGGAAACAUCCUUGUGGACUUGCGGCCGCCCGAGCCUGUGACGCCGCUGGACCGCUUCGUCGAGGAUUUCUACGACAUGUCGCCGUUUGCAAAGAGCCGUGCACAGGAGCCACUGCCGACUGGGGCAGAGGCCCACGCGCAUAGGAUCCACGCGUACAUGGAGUUUCUGUGGGCAAACGGGUUCUCCCCAUCAUUGGGGUUCCUAGACUGUGGGCUCGUCACCUCGCUGGACGCCGACAACCGCCGCAACUUCAUCGACCUGUUUGAGGCUGUCUGUACCUUUAAUGGCACGCGCGCCGGCACACUGAUGAUCGACCGAUGCUUGACCCCCGACCAGGUUGUGGACAAGGAUGUUUUUGUCCUGCGGAUUCAGGAUAUUAUCCUGAAGGUGCGCCAAGUGUCGUUCCAGCUGUCUAAGCUGACCUUCACUGAGAUAUUUUCGCCGGUUAUGGAUGCCGUGCGGAUGCACCAUGUGAGGCUGGCACCCGACUUUAUCAACAUCAUCAUGGCCAUGUUUAUCCUCGAGGGAAUCGGCCGCAGGCUUGAUCCAGACUCGGAUAUCCUGAGAGUCGCCCUGCCGAUGCUAAGGACCUGGCUGAAAGAAGAUGCACAGAAUGAACUUGCCUGGCAACACAUCAAAGGUGGCAAGACCGCCGAUACUGCUGCUGUUGCUGAGACGUAUAGGGCGAGGAGCUGGAACCUGUAUAAGGUGUGGAUUUACGUUGAGUUUAGAGAGUACUUUGAUAGGAUUAAGAAUUGGGGACUGGAUGAUGGUGAGUUCUUUGGCGAGUUUGCCCCGUUUGUCACUGCAGACUCCAGCCUAGCCUAG